AUGAGUUGGUUUAGGAGAAAUAAAUCAACGGAGGAAUCAUCUACAGUUGAUGCAAACUCAACACCUAGAAAAGAAAACCGAGUUCAAGUCCCCUCAUCAUCACCAAUAACCAUCAACUCAUCACCAACUAAGGAAUCUACAAUUCAACAGCCAUCAUUGACUUCAAAGCUAAUAAGCAAUGAAAAGGAACGAGAAUUGGAAGCUAAAAGGCAAAAGAUUAGACAGCAUAAAGAUUUUCCGUUGAUUCGGAAGAAGUUUAAUUAUUUAUCUGAAAGUGAUAUUUUGAAAGCAUUUGUAAAAUGCAAGGGGAAUGCUAGAGACAUUAACAAGUAUUUGGAAACAAAUUUUGAUAGAAACGAAUACUUGAGGAAAGAGAAUGAACAACGACAAAAGAUCAUCCAACAACAAGAAGAAAUGAGAGAAAAGAAUCGACAAUUGAGAUUCCAACAACUCGUUGAACAAACAAGUAAAAGCAGCACCCCUGAAGUUGAGCAUGGUAUUAUCACUGAUGAUAUCAAUGGAUAUGAGGAAGAAGAUGAAUCUCCUGUGAAAGCCAAGAAAGGAAGAGCGACAGUCAAAAUAGACGACAUGUCACCGACCAAACCAAAUGCCCAUGAAUCUACAAAAGUAAGUGUUAAAAGCAAAAAAUCAAUCAGCGACAAGUAUAAUAGACAGUCCACAUUAGAUAAGUAUGCUAGACAAUUUAAACCAGAUAAAACCAGUAGAUUAGAAUCAUUACCGAAAAAAAGACGGUUGGUGAGAUUAUCAAGCUUAGAAGACUCCUCGACUCCAAGUUCAAGAUCGAUAUCGCCAAUCCCCGCUCCUGUUGGAUUAGCAGCUAGAUUCAGUUAUAGAGAAACCAAUACUCCAAAUCCACUUCUGGAUCAAUCUGAUGUGGUAGAAAUUGGAAGUAGUGAAGAUGAAGAAAAAGAGGACGAAUUAGAAAUGUUGGAACGUAAGAUUUUAGAAAAUCGUAAAAGAAAGAGACAAAAUCAAAUUCAGCAACAGAAACACAAGAACGAUCAAGGGAAGGUAGCUAGUGCUAAAGCGAUUAUUACCCUUAGUGAUGAUGAGAAUGACGAUAUCGAGGAGUUACUAGAUGAUGACGAAGAGGACGGUGCCAGUGAUUCGUUGGAUGAAGCCGCAGAUGAAGAAAUGGAUACCGGGUACACUUCUAUAGAUCAGAAAGUUUUGGAAUUCAUCAAUAAUGCAUCUAUUGAAGAUUUAUCAGACAUUUGUGGAAUCGAUCCAAGUGUGGCUGAAGUUGUCAUUUCACAAAGACCAUUCUAUUCCUUGGAUGUCAUUGCUGAAAAUGAUUUCCCCUUGACCGAGGAAGAUGCUGCUAAAAGCAAGAGAAAGAAAAAGAAGUUGGGGUUGAAAAUGAUUGAAACAACAGAAGGCAAUCUCAAAGGGUACAAGGCAGUGGAUUCUUUGAUCAAACAAUGUGCCGAAUAUGGAGAUAGACUAACUGAACAAAUGAAGUCAUGGGGGGUGUCUUUAACCACUGAGCAAGGUGAAUUAGACAUGGUAGACUUGGAUCCCAUUGAAGAGCAAGAAGUCGUUGAUCUCGAUAAGGAAGAUGACAACGUUGAUGAAGAUAUUAUUGUGGUUAAAAAAAGAUACUUGACCAUGAAAUAUAUCAAGGAUAAACCAGCUUUGUUAGCAGAUGAUGUGACAUUGAAUAAUUACCAACAGGUGGGUAUCAACUGGCUCAAUCUUUUAUACAAAAACAAGUUGUCGUGUAUCUUGGCGGACGAGAUGGGUCUUGGUAAAACUUGUCAAGUUAUUGCAUUUAUGGCACAUUUGAAACAAGCUGGAGAACGGGGUCCACAUUUGGUGGUAGUGCCGGCAUCGACAAUUGAGAAUUGGCUACGUGAAUUCAAUAAAUUUUGUCCUGACCUACUGGUUAGAGCGUAUUAUGGCAAUCAAGCAGAACGAGAAGAACUUCGUUACGAAUUACAGAAUGAUGAUGAGUUUGAAGUUUUGGUGACAACGUAUACCUUGGCAUGUGGUAGUCCUGCUGAUGCUAAAUUUUUGAAGAACCAAAAUUUUAAUGUAAUAGUUUAUGACGAAGGUCACUUGUUGAAAAACUCAACAUCAGAAAGGUAUAAUAAACUCAUGAGGUUAAAAGGUAAUUUUAGAUUAUUAUUGACGGGUACUCCAUUACAGAAUAAUUUAAAAGAAUUGGUUUCGUUGUUGUCAUUUAUGUUGCCACAAUUGUUUAAUGAAAAGAGGGAAGAGUUAUCUUCUAUUUUUAAUCAAAAAUCGGGGACAGUUACCAAAGAGAAUAAUGACCACAACCCAUUGUUGGCGCAGCAGGCAAUUAAAAAUGCCAAGACCAUGAUGGCCCCAUUUGUCUUGAGGCGUCGUAAAGAUCAAGUUUUGCAGCAUCUACCACCCAAAACCCUGGAAGUCGUUCAUUGUGCCAUGACUAAAGACCAAGCAAGGCUAUAUGUAGAUCAUUUCAAUAAUGGGAAAUAUGUGAGUUCAGAAAGACAGAGAAGAAGAACGCUACCAGCAGAGACAGUAGCUAAAUUGAAUAGAGAUGAUCCAAUACCAACAUCCUCCAAUGUGUUGAUGGUACUUCGUAAGGCAGCAUUGCAUCCAUUGUUGUUCAGAGUAAUUUUUGACGACUCAAAAUUACAGGAAAUGAGUAAAGCAAUCAUGAUGGAACCAGAAUAUGCUACAGCUAACCAAACGUAUAUUUUUGAGGAUAUGCAAGUAAUGUCAGAUUUUGAAUUGGACCGUUUGUGCACCCAAUUUCCCAAAACAUUAAGCAAAUGGAAGUUAGGAGACGAAAAAUACUUGGACAGUGGCAAGGUUAUUGAAUUGGGGAAAAUUUUGCAACAAAUCAUCAACAACAAAGGAGAAAAAGUUUUGAUUUUUUCUUUAUUUACCCAAGUUUUAGAUAUUUUGGAAAGAGUAUUGUCAAUAUUCAAUUAUAAAUUUGCGAGACUAGAUGGGAAUACUCCAGUCCAGGAAAGACAAGAUUUGAUUGAUCUUUUCAAUCAUGACGAUAACAUACAUAUUUUCUUGAUUUCUACCAAAGCUGGUGGUGUCGGGAUCAAUUUAGUAGCAGCCAAUCAUGUCAUUAUGUUUGAUCAAUCGUUUAACCCACACGAAGAUAAACAAGCAGAGGAUCGUGCCCAUAGAGUUGGACAAACCAAAGAAGUGAAAGUUUAUCGAUUAAUUAGUGAUGAGACAAUCGAGAAGAAUAUUUUCUCAGUGGCUAGAAACAAAUUAGAGUUGGAUGAAAAGAUUUCAACAUUAGAGUCAAUAGUUUAUAAUUAG